AUGAAAUUUUUAGAAAAUCCAGAUAAAAUCUACAAUCCAAAAGAUGAAGAUUAUAAGUAGUUGAUUUCUCUAGAAAGUGAUGAUAUUAUCAGAUAAGACCUUAAAACUCCACUUUCUCAAGGUGGUAUUGACAAUUCAGAUAGUGAGAUUUAUCAAAUGAAUAGAAGCAUCAGAAGAGAUUACAUAAAGAUGACUGAUCAUGCUGCUGACAAUUAACAUCAUUUUAAGAGUGAAGAAAAUAGAUAAAGCCUUAUGACGAAACGUACCCAUCAUCAAUAGAGUCAACCUGAGAUUGCAGCAAUAUUCAAACUCUUAGCUGACAACAAGAAUCAGCUAUUUACCAAGGUUUUAAAGAAUAGAUAGGGGAAUUCGCAGAAAUAAAUGCCAGAGGAAAGAAAUAGAGCCAUGUCUAGUAGUCAUUCUGAAAGAUUUCUUCUUGGAACAGCUCACAGUGGUUUAAGGAAUUAAAGUGAAAAAGAAGUAACCCCUUUUGAUGAAGCUAGUUAAAGAAGUAAUAUAUUCACAUCUAGAAGACAUCUUUACGAUAAUCAAUAGUCUUUUGGGGGAAAUUUUAAUUUAAAAGCAAUGACUAGUGCUUAAACGCCAUCUUACACUCAUAGAGAAAAAAUUAAUCUUAAUAAAGAUUUCGAAGAAAGAAUAAAAACAGGCUAGCCUUUGAAGUCAACUAGAGAACUAAUGAAAUUUAAUAAGCAGGAAUUAUUUAAAAAGGAGUAAGCUAAAUAGCAAAUUCAUUUCAGCGAAACAUAGAGUAGCGAUCAAAAUGAAUACUAUUUUAACCAGAUUGUAGAGAAAGCUAUCAAUAAAGAUAUGAAAAAUUAUCAAGAUAAUAAGUAAAAAGAAAAAAUGAAUAAAUUAUCAAUCAACUAACUCUAGCAUUAACCUAUUCCAAUAAGAUUUUCAGGAGAUAUGCUAAUGGAAAAGGCUUAAAAGUCAAUGAUUAUGGAUGAGUUGUAGAAUAUGAAUUCACUCAUCCAAAAUCUUAAUGGGAUGCUACAGAAUAAGUAACUUUAAGAGUAAAGGAUUCAUUAGAUUAAGAAAGCUACAAGUGUGGAAAAUUUAGACUUAGAUCAAAUCAACGAAGAAUUGGCGAAAGAUUGUACUUAAUUUGAUAAAAUAAUAAACUUAUUCUUAUCUCAGAAGUCUCAAAUUCAUAAGCAAGAGUCUUAAUUCCUAUCGCAAUUCUAUGACAUGAUGAGAGGGACUAUUAGUCUAGUACAAUAGCUCAAUUGGAAAUUCAGAGAAACAUAGGAGAAAAUAAAUAUAGGGAAUCAGAAAUUGAAAGACUAGGUAUAAAGCUUUAUUGAGGCAUUACAGAUCAUUAAGGAUUUCAAAGGUAUGUAGGACUAUGACUUAUUUGGAAAGGGAAAAAUUACUGAAGAGCAGUUAAUGAACCUUUUCCAUUAAACUAAUUGUGCCUUAAAAAUAUCAGACGAGCCACUUGCUAUAAAAUAAGCAAAACUACUGGAGCAAUACUACGAUUUUAUUCAUAACUAAGAAAACAAGAUUUUAAAUGGAAAGAAGAAAAUUCAGGACUUGGAGGCUGAAUUAGAACAUCAUAGAAGGAAAGCAUAGGAAUAGUUAAGCAAAGCAUAUGUAGAUAAUCAGGAGAUAUGCAAAUUAUCUGAUGCUCUGAAAGAGAAGAUUGAAUAAACUAAUUUCUAGCAGGAUAACCACUUAGAAACUCUUUAUCAUUCAAGGCAAAAAAUACUUAACGACGAGUUAGAAAAGGAAACUAAGGAGAAACAGUCGGCAUUAGAUAGACUAAGGAAAAAGAAGGAAGAUCUGAGAAAAAUUAGAGAGUAGCUUUAGAAGAUCACGAGCAAAAAAUCUUAAGAUCAAUAAGUUUAAUGUAAUCUUGAGAAAGAGGAAAAAAUGAAGUAUCAUUCAAGGCCAAAGCCUCCUGUAACAAAAAUGCUGACCAUUUUUGACGAGGUAAUUCAUGGUACCAGCACUAAGAAAAUACCAACUUCAAAAUUGGAAUCUAAGGUUCAAGGCGGCAGUACAAAUAAUCUUUCAGCUUCAUCUAAAGCAAUAAUUAGUUCUGGGGCAAAAGCUGUUGUAUAGUCAAAAGAAUGGGUUUAAGCUCUAAUUAAUCUAAUAUACAUUGAUAAGAUAAAGACUGAUAUGGAAGAAUUCAAAGAAGGUAAACCCAUACAAAGUCUGAGAGAAUUCGUUAUUCAAUGGUUCCUAGUCAAGUUCGGAAUUAAAAAAGUUGCUGAGGCUCUCUUAUAGGACUUUAUAAGAAGUUUGAUAAAUUAUGAGCCAAUUCAUGAAAGGUUCCGAACAUUCUUGAUUUUUUGUGGAGUUCAUGUUCAAAAAGGACUUAAUAGAAAUAGAGAUAAAAAGAGUGACUUACUCUAUGAAAAACAACUAGAAUCAAUUGACACAUUUAGAAUAUACUUGAAAUUAGCUCAUACUUUAAGAAAUGCUUGCACCCCAUUCUUACCAGAUAUAAAUUGUGAAGGGUAAUAAAGACUACCAAAUGGAGUAGUUAUAAACUAUCAGGAAUCUAAAUAAAUAUUCCUUCAAAUCAUGACGGAGGAAGGAGUGAAUACAAGUGAACAUUUUACUAACCUUGAUAUCCCAUUUUAAGAAUUUUUAGAAGAUCAAAUUCAAUAUGGAGAUAAUAAAGUGAAAGGCAAGCAAAGUUAUAUGUAGUAGCAAAGUCAAAGCAUGAAAACUGGUGGCUAAUUUUCAGGUAUGCCAAAGAAGCAUCAAGCUGAUGACAAGUAUAUCAAUAUUGACGUGUUCUUGAGAAUUUGUAUAAUGGAGUAUGUAAAGAUAAGGCUUAAUUAAGUUGACUAAAUAUUAUCUGCCCUUAAAAUAUUAGAAUUCAACAAUUACUGUGACAUCCUUUAUAAUGAUUUUGAAAGCUCUGUCAAAAUUUCCUUAUAUAACAAAUCAGAAAAAUGGAUUGAAGGAGCCUACUCAUAUUUGAUAAAUAAUCUUGAAGAUAGUUAUUUUACAAGGGAAGAUGUCGUUAUUACUAUGCUUCCUUGGAUCCAUUCAACUGCUUUUGUUAAAGAUUAUACUAACAAACAUAAAGCAUGGAUAUAUGUUAAAGAGCUCGAAAAAAUGAAUGUAAUAGAACCAACUUGGAAUAGUGGACCACAGGAAGAGAAAAAGAGUCAAAACUAAUCAAUGAUGAGCAUGUCUAAUAAAGUUGCAUAGAAAUAAGGCACUCAAUAAACUGUCAAUCUGAAUAAUAACAAUACACCAGCUAGUAUAACAAACUUAAAACCAAAUCCAAAUGGACUUGUUGCUGGAAUGACAAGAAUUACUAUUCCAAAAAGCAUUGUUCCAGGUACUAAAAUGCUUAAAGAUCCCCUAUCUUCAGCUUUUAUACUUGAAAAGAACUUUAAAAUCAUGGCAAGCUUUUUCUCUUCAGUAGAAAGUGAUCUUAAAGAAAUAAACUAAUUGUAUAAUCUAGUUAUGGAAAAAGUGACAUUCACUAGAAAAUCUUUCAUUAAUCAAGUUGAGAAUAUGGAUGCUCCAGCUUAAGAUGAGGGAGCUUAAAAAUCUGAAGCUCAAAUGACAUAUCUCACUGGAAAUUCUAAGUUCAUUAAAACAUGCAUGGUAAUUUCUUAGACUGGGUUAACUGAACAACAGGAUUAGACAAAUGAUGGUUGGUCUCUAUUUAGAAAGUUAUUAUAUUUAGUUGUGAGUAGACAUAAAAAUAUUGACAUCUGA